AUGGAAUUCACUCCGUUUGUGGGGACCCGACGAGAGGCGACAUUCGUCAGCAUGCUUGCCACAAAGACUGAGGUACUGUUUAAUGGAACCUUGGAGCAAGACCUGCUGCCACGAAUCCUUUUGGCCAUUCUCUUUCUGAAGAUACGUUUGCAAGAUAUCCAGAGCCUUAUCAUUUUUAACCGGGAAGAGAAACACGUGCCCGUCCAAUUCGGGCGGGGACUGAAUGUGAAGGGGACAUGGGAGGAUCAGCCCUCGGGCGGUAUCAAUUGCCCAGGCAGUGAAGAUCUGGUAGUCUUCGAUGACGCCGUCAUCGACGAGAAUGUAACCCUCUGGACCUGA